AUGUUCGACGAGGAAAGGCGCGCGUUGCGGCGCGAACAAGUUCAGCUGUUUUAUGGCGGUACCAGCCAAGGACGAAAGCGAAAUUUCGAGAACACAGCACCGACCGCUUCCGCCGCUGCAGGGGUCGUUGUAAGUGGGUCGGAUUUCUAGAACGUUUUUGUAGCGGGAAGUGGCAAAAAGCGAGACAUGUAUUUUUUUCAUACGUACAUAAAAACGCGACUUUUCGGGUCAUAAAAAUCGAUCGAUCCGGGGCGUAGGUGGCUACCCAAAAAAAGGUUGUAAAAGUGCCUACGACGCUCGGAAAUGCCGUUGGAUGCUCGGCGGACGCUCGGCGAAGGCUCGGCAGAGACUUGGCGAAGGCUCGGCAGAGACUUGGCGAAGGCUCGGCAGAGACUUGA